AUGGAAAGUCUUAAGGAUGUUCAAGUUUUAGCCCAGAUUUCAGAUAAAUGUGGUGGGUUUGAAGGAAGAGUAAAGAAACAGAACUCGAAGACAGAAGUUAGGAAGGAUAUUGUUGAGGCCUUGCUAUCAAAAGAUUUUAAAUUUUCUAACGGAGUCUUUAACCCUGUAGCAAGCAUAGAAUUCAUUGAACUGUGCAAUGUAGUGCUGCAGUGUCAUGGAACUGAAGUGUGUCUUCAACGUGUUUUGAGGGAUUGUCUGGAGGCUGGUGCGAGGCUCGCCAACCCAGGCGAGUUCACUCUUCCGGACUUCUUAAAUGGUCGCUUGGAUCUCUGUCAAGCUGAGAAUGUGGACAAGUUAAUAUCGGCCAAGUCAGUGGCUGCUGCAGAUGCUGCCUUGGCAGGAAUCGAGGGUGGUUUUUCUUCUUUGGUCAAAUCACUAAGAACUCAAUGUGUGGAGUUGCUAACUGAAAUUGAGGCCCGUCUUGACUUCGACGACGAGAUGCCACCCCUUGAUCUGAAUCUUAUUAUGGACAAAAUAUAUGGGAUGCUGCAUGAUCUGGAUAAUGCAGUGGAAACUGCCAAUUAUGACAAGCUUCUGCAGUCAGGACUUCAGAUUGCUAUUAUGGUCGACCAAAUGUUGGGAAAUCAAGCCUUCUUAAUGCAUGGAGCAAACGUGCAGACUGAUAGAGCAAUAGUUACAAAUAUUGCUGGCACCACACGGGAUGCUGUAGAAGCCAAUGUUUCUGUUCGUGGUGUUCCUGUUACACUUCUUGAUAAGCAGGAAUCAAGGAGACUGAUGAUGUUGUGGAAUAAAUUGGUGUGGAAAGAUCUGAAGCUGUUGCAAAAAAUGCUGAUGUCGUAAUAAUGACCAUAAGUGCAGCAGAGGGGUGGACUCUAGAAGAUACAAAGCUCCUUGAGAGAAUCCAAAGGAAUCGGGUUUAUAAGUUAUUCC